GACGUCAUGUCCGUACGUCACUCCCGCUCUCGGAUGUCUCCUGCAUCUUCGGCGAGCUAAGUUGCUAAGUGCUAGCUAAGUCGCUAAGUGCUGCAGGAGCGGACAUCAACAACAUCAGCAGACUUUGGGAGGAAGAAGAAGAAGAAGAAGAAGAAAACAACAACAACAACAACAUUCUCUCGGGCCGUCGGCAUGGCUCUGCGAGGCCCGCAGGAGCUCGGGGAGCCGGUGGAAGAGCCGGAGGAUGUGGACGACCACGACGCUAGUAGUAUCUCUCCGGCCGAGGAGAUGACGCUGCCGGCCGGGCCUGGGGGCGACGAGGAGCCGGGGGACACCGUGCUGCUGCUGCCCUGGGACCGCUUCUCUGCCUGGCUGCACUGCAUCUGUGUGGUGGGCUUCGACCUGGAGCUGGGACAAGCUGUGGAGGUUAUUUACCCACAUCAUUCCAAACUGUCAGAAAAGGAGAAAACGAGCAUUUGUUACCUUUCCUUUCCCGACUCCAACUCAGGUUGCCUCGGUGACACGCAGUUUUGCUUUCGCUUUCGCCAGGGUUCCAACAGAAAGUCGUCUCUGGGCUGCUUCCUGGAAACAAGCGACAGGGACGCGCCGCCCUGCCUUAAGCGGGAGCAGGGCCAUUAUUACGGCUACGUUUAUUUCCGUCAGGUGCGGGACAAGUCGCUGAAGAGAGGAUACUUCCAGAAGUCUCUGGUCCUGAUCAGUAAGCUGCCCUAUGUGACAUUCUUCCACUCCCUGUUGAAGAUCAUGGCUCCCGAAUAUUUUGAGAAACAGGAACCGUGUCUGGAGGCUGCCUGCAACGACAUCGACCGCUGGCCGACUCCUCACCCAGGAAGAAUCCUCACGCUGCCGAUUAUGGGCGUGGUCAUCAAGGUGCGCAUCCCCACCUGUUACGACAAACCCGGAACGACACAGUUGGUCCAGUCUGCUCAGAGUGACAGUCUGGUGUCCAUUGUGCUGCCCACCAUCCAUGAAGUGGACCUCUUCAGAUGUUUCUUUCCAGUCUUCUUCCACAUCCAGAUGCUGUGGGAGCUGGUGUUGCUGGGAGAAGCACUCGUCGUCAUGGCGCCAUCUCCGGCCGAGUCGUCGGACACCGUACUGGCGCUUGUCAGCUGCAUCUCUCCUCUUCGUUACAGCAGCGACUUCCGGCCUUACUUCACCAUCCACGACAACGAGUUUAAGGAGUACACCACCCGGACGCAGGCUCCGCCCUCAGUCAUCCUGGGGGUGACAAACCCCUUCUUUGCUAAAACGUUGCAGCAUUGGCCGCACAUUAUUCGCAUCGGCGACAUGAAGCAAGCAGGAGAGAUGGCCAAGCAGAUGAAAGUCAAGAAGCUGAAGAACCUGAAAACUCUUGACUCUAAGCCCGGUGUGUACACUGCUUACAAGCCAUAUCUCAACAAAGAUGAGGAAAUUAUCAAGCAGCUCCAGAAGGGUGUUCAUCAGAAGAGACCCUGUGCAGCCCAGAACGCCAUCCUGCGACGGUACUUUCUAGAACUGACGCAGAGCUUCAUCAUUCCCUUGGAGCGCUACGUGGCCAGUCUCAUGCCGCUCCAGAAGUCCAUCAGCCCGUGGAAGAGUCCUCCUCAGCUGCGACCCUUCGUCCAGCAGGACUUCAUGAAGACUCUGGAGAAGGCGGGACCGCAGCUCACGUCCAGGCUCAAGGGGGACUGGAUUGGACUGUACAGGCACUUCCUCAAAUCUCCCAACUUUGACGGCUGGUUCCGCAACAGAAGGAAGGAGAUGACCCAGAAACUGGAGGCCCUGCACCUGGAGGCGCUGAGCGAGGAGGACCUGCAGCAGAGAGUCCAGAAGCACUCGGAGGUGGAGACGGUGGAUCUGAUCUUGAAGUUGAAAGACAAACUGAUCCAGGCGGAGAGGGAGCGUCUGCCCGUGCAAGCCGGCACCGUGGCCAAACUGAGAGCUCACAUGGAGGGCAUCAUCUUGUCCUUGCCGGAGGACCUGCAGGGCAUCCUCCACAAGCCCUCCACGCCGUGACCUUUGACCCGCCUCAGGUGCAGCCUCCUUGUCACGGAAACAGCACAUUUAUUUCCACUGCACAGGCCCUGAUCCCACGUGACGGCAACUCGAGAGGCUGGACCUCCUCGCAACAAAAGGAAGACGUUCGGGUCAGAACUUUUGGCCUACUUGCAAUGUUUUUAACCACUUUUUGUUUGUAUUUUUGUUUUGUACUUUUUUUAACCAGCAGUCUAGUGGAGCUGCACGUUUUAAAGCGGCUUUCUACUUUUUAAAAACACACACUAACUGACCACAGAUAUAAAAGCCUUGUAUUUUAGUAGCUAAACAGCGGCUCAACGACAACACGCACACAGCUGAUUCAGCACCAGCGACUCAAAUCGCUUCCGGAACCGCCAAUCGCGCUCCUGAUUCCGUGUCACAUGACCUCCUCGCAGCGAACAGCAUUUCGAUUUGAAGAGGGUUAUAAAGUGGAAGCUUUCGACUGAGCUGAUGGAAAAAAAAAUUCGACCCUUUGAAAUGAAAAGGGCGGGAAAUCAACUGGCGUUUUUUAGCAGUCUAUUUUUAAAAGCCCAUCUCCACAAACACAAUAAUAAACAAAAUAUCGUAUUUCCUUGAAUUACCGCCGGGCAUAAACAGUGGGGCAAAAAAGUAUUUAGUCAGCAAGUUCUCCCACUUCAAAUGAUGACAGAGGUCUGUAAUUUUCAUCAUAGGUACACUUCAACUGUGAGAGACAGAAUGUGGAAAAAAACUCCAGGAAUUCACAUUGUAGGAAUUUUAAAGAAUUUAUUUGUAAAUGAUGGUGGAAAAUAAGUAUUUGGUCAACCAUUCAAAGCUCUCACUGAUGGAAGGAGGUUUUGGCUCCAAAUCUCACGAUACAUGGCCCCAUUCAUUCUUUCCUUAACACGGAUCAAUCGUCCCGUCCCCUUAGCAGAAAAACAGCCCCAAAGCAUGAUGUUUCCACCCCCAUGCUUCACAGUAGGUAUGGUGUUCUUGGGAUGCAACUCAGUAUUCUUCUUCCACCAAACACGACGUGUUGAGUUUAUACCAAAAUGGAUACAUGGAUGAUACAGCAGAGGAUUGGGAGAAUGUCAUGUGGUCAGAUGAAACCAAAAUAGAACUUUUUGCUAUAAACUCAACUCGUCGUGUUCGGAGGAAGAAGAAUACUGAGUUGCAUCCCAAGAACACCACACCUACUGUGAAGCAUGGGGGUGGAAACAUCAUGCUUUGGGGCUGUUUUUCUGCUAAGGGGACAGGACGAUUGAUCCGUGUUAAGAAAAGAAUGAAUGGGGCCAUGUAUCGUGAGAUUUUGAGCCAAAACCUCCUUCCAUCAGUGAGAACUUUGAAUGGUUGACCAAAUACUUAUUUUCCACCAUAACUUACAAAUAAAUUCUUUAAAAUUACUACAAUGUGAAUUCCUGAAUUUCUUUUCCACAUUCUGUCUCUCACAGUUGAAGUGUACCUAUGAUGAAAAUUACAGUCACCUGUCAUCAUUUUCAAAAUGGAGGAGGCUGAUUUCAACAAAUUGAAAUCGCAUAAAGGGAAGAAGAUUAAGAGCUAUUCAGUAGGAUUUAAGGUCCAAGCUAUUGAAUAUGCUAAAAAGAACAGUAAGCAGCUAUGUUUUAUUAAUAUACCAUAGCUGCGUGUGUCAAAUAUGAGUCAUUAAAUGACUCCCGCCUCCUGGUGGUAGAGGGCGCUAGUGAUCCUUCUUGCGACUACUCGGCUGCAGAAGAAGUGACAACAAGCAGCAAAAGUGAGCAGCGAUCGUUUAUUUUUUCCUCUCGCUUGCACUUUUAACAUGGAGGAUUACAUAUCUAAAAUAAAACAGUUUUCUAAACUGGACUUUCAAUGGAAGCAUGAGGUAAUAAAGGAAGAUCUCCAUCGAGACAGAGAGACUUUUAAAACUGAAGAAAGAUAAGGAAGACUUCUAUAAACAAGUUAUCGAUGCUUUUGAUCAGAAGGACCUGCACAUGGACUUCAUUUAUAAGUAAAGGUAAGACCAUAAUAACGUUUUUUUUUUAAUAAAAUGUGCUUUUCAUGAUGGUAUCCUUACAUCACACUCAAAUUUAUAAGCACAGGCCUAAAUUUACCGCAUGCCUUUGGUAAGCGCCGGAGUGAGAAGAGGUUUUAAAAUAAUUAGCGCCCCGGCGGCAAUUCAAGGAAAUACGGUAUACCAUAAAUGCUCCAGUUAUAGCCGAGGUGUUGCUUUUUUUAAUUAAUCUCAUGAAUAUAAACUUGUUUUUUAACUUGAAUGAUUAGGAGUGCAUGUCUUUAAGCACGCGGUCGUUUAGGAGCAAGUAUAUCCUGCACAAGGCAUCAGCAACACAACCCAUGUUGGAAUACUUGCUCAGUCAGCAAUAAUACUGCUGAUGAUGUCAUAGUACACAUUAGGACAGGUGCAAAGCUGUGCAGGUAACACCGCUGGAUGCUAACCACUUGUCAUAUGUUAAAUACAGCUCAUGAUCAAGAUCGGGAGGUUGCCUACAGCCACAGCCGUUGAUGCCCAUGUUUUCUGACUCAGUUUUCGUAAUAUUUUAAUCUUAAUGUGUUUGCUAAAGCAUGACAGCAACAUUUGACUUCCCUAUGCUAGCCCAGGUGUGUUGAAAGUGCGGCCCAGGGGACCACUUUGUGCCCCCGGAAGCUCUUUUCUUAACGGCCCGCCUAACAUUUUAAAAUAAAAGAUAAAAUAGGUGUAAGUUCACGGGAAAAAGUCUUAGUUCUUAUUUAUCCUGAUUCUAAAUAGGUUCAUAAUUUUCAAAAUCAAUUUUUUAAAAAUCAAAUCAUACAAUUCUUUAAAAAAAAAGAGGGGGGGGGAAAUAAUACAUGAAACAGGUGUAAUUUAUGAGAAAUAGUUGUAAAGGUGCACUUUUUAAAAAAAAAAAAGUAUUUCCAAAUCGCAAUUUUUAUUCACCUCGAUUCUAAAUUGAUUCAUAAUUUUCACAAACAACUUAAAAAAAAACACAUUUAUAUGUACAUACAUAUAUAUGUAUAUGUGUGCGUAUAUAUAUGCAUAUAUGUAUAUAUACAUACAUAUAUGUAUGUAUAUAUACAUAUAUGUAUGUAUUUACAUAUAUAUAUACUAGGGAUGCACCGAAAUGAAAAUUUGUGGCCGAAGCCGAAUAAAAUUUAAAAGCUUGGCCGAAUACUGAAUACCGAAUAAUGAAUACAGUUUUUCACAAUUUUUUUAAUAAUGCAUAAACAGCCUACAAUACAUUUUUAGACAUGGGUUUUUAAAUAAAGUUCAUUUUUCUUGAAUAUUUACAUUUUUUAAAUAUUCCAGUAGCCUUUGCUUUUCAAAAAAAGCACAAAGUUUUUCAUUUAUAUUAGGCCUUCAAACAAAAACAUGCAUUCCCAAAAAAAAUAAAGUGCAUUAAAGUGGAUAAACCCACAACAAAUGAAUUAUUGUCCUUUUGGCAAAAGUCUGCUUAGCCACAGUAGAUAUGCUAAUAAUGUAAACAGAAGGCUCAAGUAAAUCUCAAUUAAGUGUGUGCUUGUAACCUCAUACACUUAUACAGGUAGCCUACACAACAGGCUAAUAAUGUAAACAGAGGCCCCACUAAAUCUCAAUAAGUGUGUGCUUGUAACCUCAUACACUUAUACAGGUAGCCUACACAACAGGCUAAUAAUAUAAACAACACACACACAAUGUAAAGAACACACAUCAGAGAAAUACCAUCUGCUCGGUAUCGUGUAACGGGGCUCAAUGUGCUCCAUGAGUCUCCGAAAGCCAAUGUCCUCCACAACACUAAACGGUUGAUCAUCCAAAGCCAUAAACUCCAUUACCUUCUUUGUAAUUCCGUUUUCUUUGGCACUGUCAGUCGCACACAUUUUCGUCCUCUCAAAGACGUCGGCCACGAGGCACCUCCUCCAGACAGUUUGGCUGAACAUUCCUUGCAAACUGCAAUACUUUUGUCACUUUCCGACACUUUAAAAUAUCUCCACACUGCUGGCAUUUUUCCGAAGGCGCCUGGUUCCAACGUCACUGCACGUUGGUUGAUUGCGUCACCGCGUCAAAAAAUUGCAUCACACGCCACUAUUCGUCUUUGCAAUAAGUGUGUGCUUGUAACCUCAUACACUUAUACAGGUAGCCUACACACCAGGCUAAUAAUGUAAACAGAGGCCCCACUAAAUCUCAAUAAGUGUGUGCUUGUAACCUCAUACACUUAUACAGGUACACAACAUAUCCCAACGUCACCGCACGUUGGUUGAUUGCGUCACCGCGUCCAAAAAUUGCGUCACACGCCACUAUUCGGCCUUGUUUUUAACUCAUUCCACCGAAGGCCGAAUGUGGCUUUUUUUGCCAUAUUCGGCCGAAUAUAUUCGGUUACCGAUUAAUCGGUGCAUCCCUAAUAUAUAUAUAUACUGUAUGCAUAUAUAUAUAUAUAAAUGCAUAUACUGUAUAUAUAUAUAUAUAUAUACAUACAUACAUACAUGUAUGUAUGUGACGUACAUAUAUGUAAAUAUGUGUUGUUUCUCCACACAACCAGAAGGACAUUUUCUAACCUGUAACUUGUUUUGAAAAGGCCCAUCAUAAUUAUUGUUUUGAAAAGGCCCAUCAUAAUUAUUGUUUUGAAAAGGCCCAUCAUAAUUAUUACACCAAAUAAUACAUUAAUACAAGAAUCAGUUCGAAUUGAGUAUUGAUUCUGAAUCGAGUCGUCACUCAAGGAAUCGGAAUCGGAUCCAAUCGUUAGGUUUCGCAAAGAGUCAGACCCCUAAAUAUUUGGCGUGCAGGCUUUUUAAAAAAAAAUAAAAAUAAAAUAAAUGAUUUCAUAAAACAUAAAUAAAAUGCUUGUUAAAUAAAAUAAAAUAAAAAUGAUUUCAUAGAAUGGUAUUUGUUUUGAAAAUGAAAAAUAUGAAAAUAGAAAAAGUUGACACAUCCCCGCUUUCGACUACUAAUGUACUUUUGUGCUGAAGUAGAAAAGUACAAAGUAUAAAGUUUCCGGCAUUUAAGAAUGAUCCCAGUGGUCCAACUCUUUUCCACGUCUCCUUGACAACCGUCAGCCAGAUGUGGAAGAAGCCUUCAUUUCUUGUCAACGCACAAACCUUUUUUUUUUCGUUUUUUUUUCAACAAAACGCCUUCAAGACUUCUCAGGAACUCGCAAAGAACGUCAGUGGACAUUUCAUUUCUUUUCUCUCUUCGGCUCUGUGGUGGCGGCUCACGAUGUAUGGGGCCGGCUGUUCAAAGGCCAGCUGUGGGCGAGAGGACCGGUCGCCAUUGAAGCUAAAACCCGCCACUGCUUCUUCAUUUUUGGUAAUGUAAUUAUUAUUUUUUUAUUUAUCCUUUUAUUAAUUUUCCUGAAUACAUUUUUGUGAGUAGAAUGAUUCCACCGUUGUCACGUUUUAACGUGUUUAUUUCUAUUUUCUUCUUCCUUUUCCACUCCGGUGUUUCUUUACUUGUCCACAGGGUGCGCGUCACUACAUUUUAUUUUCAUAUGUCGAUUCUUCUCAGCAAGCAAGACUUUUUAUAUUUGUAAAAAAAAACAAACUUAUUUUAACAACUUUUUUUUGUAUUGUAACUCCAGUAAAAAGUUGACUUUUGUAGAAAAUAGUGUGGACCACAAUAAGGAUGUACGAUCAUUAUUUGAACUAACAUACAAACCCUGUUUCCAUAUGAGUUGGGAAAUUGUGUUAGAUGUAAAUAUAAACAGAAUACAAUGAUUUGCAAAUCCUUUUCAACCCAUAUUCAGUUGAAUAUGCUACAAAGACAACAUAUUUGAUGUUCAAACUGAUAAACCUUUGUUUUUUUUGUGCAAAUAAUAAUUAACUUAGAAUUUCAUGGCUGCAACACGUGCCAAAGUAGUUGGGAAAGGGCAUGUUCACCACUGUGUUACAUCACCUUUUCUUUUAACAACACUCAAUAAACGUUUGGGAACUGAGGAAACUAAUUGUUGAAGCUUUGAAAGUGGAAUUCUUUCCCAUUCUUGUUUUAUGUAGAGCUUCAGUCCUUCAACAGUCCGGGGUCUCCGCUGUCGUAUUUUACGCUUCAUAAUGCACCACAAAUUUUCAAUGGGAGAUAGGUCUGGACUGCAGGCGAGCCAGGAAAGUACCCGCACUCUUUUUUUUACGAAGCCACGCUGUCGUAACACGUGCUGAAUGUGACUUGGCAUUGUCUUGCUGAAAUAAGCAGGGGCGUCCAUGAAAAAGACCGCACUUAGAUGGCAGCAUAUGUUGUUCCAAAACCUGUAUGUACCUUUCAGCAUUAAUGGUGCCUUCACAGAUGUGUAAGUUACCCAUGCCUUGGGCACUAAUGCACCCCCAUACCAUCACAGAUGCUGUUUUUUCAACUUUGCGUCGAUAACAGUCUGGAUGGUUCGCUUCCCCUUUGGUCCGGAUGACACAACGUCGAAUAUUUCCAAAAACAAUUUGAAAUGUGGACUCAUCAGACCACCGAACACUUUUCCACUUUGCAUCAGUCCAUCUUAAAUGAUCUCGGGCCCAGAGAAGCCAGCGGCGUUUCUGGAUGUUGUUGAUAAAUGGCUUUCGCUUUGCAUAGUAGAGCUUUAAAUUGCACUUUCAGAUGUAGCGACAAACUGUAUUUAGUGACAGUGGUUUUCUGAAGUGUUCCUGAGCCCAUGUGGUGAUAUCCUUUAGAGAUUGAUCUCUGUUUUUGAUAGUGUCUGAGGGAUGGAAGGUCACGGUCAUUCAAUGUUGGUUUCCGGCCAUGCCGCUUACGUGGAGUGAUUUCUCCAGAUUCUCUGAACCUUUUGAUGAUAUUAUGGAGCGUAGAUGUUGAAAUCCCUAAAAUUCUUGCAAUUGCACUUUGAGAAAGGUUGUUCUUAAACUGUUUGACUAUUUGCUCACGCAGUUGUGGACAAAGGGGUGUACCUCGCCCCAUCCUUUCUUGUGAAAGACAGGGAACAGGUGGGUGCCAUGACUGGGUAUAAAAACAGCUUCCCAAAAAAUGCUCAAUCAGCCUGCACACCUGUGGGAUGUUCCAAAUAAGUGUUUGAUGAGCAUUCCUCAACUUUAUCAGUAUUUAUUGCCACCUUUCCAAACUUCUUUGUCACGUGUUGCUGGCAUCAAAUUCUAAAGUUAAUGAUUAUUUCCAACAAAAAAAAACGUUUAUGAGUUUGAACAUCAAAUAUGUUGUCUUUGUAGCAUAUUCAACUGAAUAUGGCUUGAAAAGGAUUUGCAAAUCAUUGUAUUCUGUUUAUAUUUACAUCUAACACAAUUUCCCAACUCAUAUGGAAACAGGGUUUGUACACAGGAGCUUAUUUCAUUUGUACAUUUAGUGGAAGGAAUUAUUCAAUAACUAAAAUGUACGCCGGGUUGAAGUUUAUUCAGUUUAAGAAGAAAAAGUAGUAUUAAUAAUGUCAACAUGCUACUGAACCUCUACAUGAAACCACUGAGCAAUAUUGAUGGGGAACUUCUCUUGAAACCCUGCUUUAUUUUAUUAUUUUUGAAUUAAUUUUUAUUGUAAAUGAAUUCCCAGUUGUAUCUACAGCUGCUGCUCGUGCUGAAGAAGAAAAUAAAACAUAUUAUAUUAA